CGGUGGGCUGCCCCGCGGGGCCCUGCCCAGGGGGCCACGGGACUGCACUGGCGCACUCGGCAGCUUCCUGAGCCUGUCUGGUGGGAGGCCGUGCGGCCGGGCAGCCCGCAGGCCCUCGCAGACGGGACGUUGGAGGACAGAUGGCGCCCCGCUCGCGUGUUCUGGGAAAGCUUGGUCGGCCGCGUCUGAGCAGGUAGACGGGGGCACCCGCGGGAGACGCCUCUCCAGCCUGGCCGUCAGCGUUCGUGUGGCCUUGCACGUGACCGUUGCUGGUGGUAGAGGGUCAAGAAGCGGGGGGGCCCCCGGGAUAGCAGGUGGAGGAAGGAAUUGCCCUUCCCGUCCCUCCAGGGCUGGCCUGGGCAGUCAGGAGGCCUCUGAUCGGAAUCCUGCAGUUGCUCCCUUCUGAUUGGCUGGGCACAGGACAAUGGGAGGGGCACUUAACUGUGGCCAGGGGCCGUGGCGGGGGACACCCCUGGGUCCCAGUGGGCACCUACUUAUCAGCAGGUGGCAGGCUCGGGGGACAUCUGCCCAGGCGUGUUAUCAGUCCCAGAGUCCACAGGACACUUCUGUGGUUAACAUGUAACCACCCUCUGGAGCCUCCGCUCCGCGGUGCCACAGGCAGCAUGGAGGCUGGGGAAGGCGGGCUGCCCCUGAACACACUCUCCUCAGUGCAGGUCCGCAGGUGGCUGAGCCCCUUCAUCCUCACCUGCUCCGUCUACUUCCUCGUCUGGCUCCCCGAGGACCAGCCGUCCUGGCUCAGUGCCCUGGUCAAGUGCCUGCCGGUGCUGUGCUUGGCCGUGUUCCUGGGCGCUGCGGCCUCGGGGGGCAGCUACACGCGGCUCCUCCAGGCGGCCCUGCUGUGCUCGGCCCUGGGCGACGUCUUCCUCGUCUGGCCCGAGACCUUCCUCUAUGGCAUGGCCGCCUUCUCCGCGGCCCACCUCCUGUACCUGGUGGCCUUCGGCCUGUCCCCACUGCGGCCGGGGCUGCUGCUGCUGACCGCGCCGGUCUUGGUCGUGUUCUGCAGCCUGCUGCUGCUGCACGUGGAGCAGGACAUGCUCCCGCCCGUGGUGGGCUACGCGCUGGUGCUGAGCGCCAUGCUGUGGCGCGGCCUGGCGCGGGGCGGGGGUGCCGGCUGGGGCGCCGCGCUCUUCACGCUCUCUGACGGCGUGCUGGCCUGGGACAUCUUCGUCCAGUCUGUGUCCAACGCCCGCCUGCUGACCAUGGCCACCUACUACGCGGCCCAGGCCCUCAUCGCCCUGUCAGCCCUCAGGAGCGCGGGGCUCAAGACCAACUGACCGACCAUUGCCCCAGCCCGUCCCCGACUCGGGCCUCGCAGAUGAACCCAGCCCGAGAGACACCCGUGCAGCGAAGCUUCCCGGCGAUCACCCCAGGCCAGCCCGAGACACUGGCCCCAGCUGCCUUUCCUGGUUCUGAUUCUGGACUCCGGGCCCCUCGACCAGGCUCGCGUUUGGCCUCCCAAGCGUCCCCUGUCCCCUUCCCUGCCACACCAAAGCUAUUUUCCCGUUGCCUAAGUAAAGAGGGUGUUGAAGCGUCCA